GUGGGAGGGUGCGCGCGCGGACGUCUGGUUGGCCGCUCGGCCAACCGUCCGUAAGGCGAGCUCGGCGGCGGCGGCGGCGGCACAGGGCGGCGCGCGCACGGAGGGGCGCCCAUGGUGUGGCCUCAUGUCUAAGACGCUGCGGAGGAAGCGCCACUGGCUCAGCAAGGUGCAGGAGUGCUCCGUGUCUUGGGGGAGCGGCUCCGGCCCAGACCCCGACCUCCUGCGGGGCGGCGCCGAACGGGGAGAAUUCCCUUACCUCGGGGGCCGCCUGCUGACAGUGGCCGACUCCGGCGGCGGAGCUGGUUCCGUUUUGCUUUCAGGGAAGCCCCCUGCCCCCGGGGAUGUACUGCUGGAGGUAAACGGGACCCCGGUGAGCGGCCUCACUCACCGCGACACCCUAGCCGUCAUCCGCCACUUCAGGGAGCCGGUGCGCCUCAAGACCGUGCGGCCAGGCAAAGUCAUCAACAAAGAUUUACGUCACUACCUAAGCCUACAGUUUCAGAAAGGUUCAGUUGAUCACAAACUGCAACAGGUUAUCAGAGAUAAUCUUUACUUGAGAACUAUUCCAUGCACUACAAGAGCUCCCAGAGAUGGGGAAGUCCCUGGAGUGGACUAUAAUUUUAUACCUGUUGACCAAUUCAAGGCUUUGGAAGAAAGUGGAGCUUUGCUAGAAAGUGGAACAUAUGAUGGUAAUUUCUAUGGGACUCCUAAACCUCCAGCUGAGCCUAGUCCAUUCCAACCUGAUCCAGUGGACCAGGUGCUUUUUGAUAACGAUUUUGACCUGGAAUCCCAAAGAAAAAGAACAACAUCUGUCAGCAAAAUGCAGAAAAUGGACACUUCCCUUCCUGAAGAAGAAGAGGAAGAAGAAAAAGUAGCAAUUAAUGGUAAUGGAGGAACAGAAUUCAAAGAGCGACAUUUGGACUCUUCUGAUUGGAUGAAAACUGUUCCUAGUUAUAGUCAGACAAAUAGUUCUGUGGAUUUCAAAAAUUAUUUAACGAGGGAAGAAAACUUAGAGCCCUUGCCCAAGAACUGGGAGAUGGCCUACACAGAUACUGGAAUGAUCUAUUUCAUUGACCACAAUACGAAAACUACCACCUGGCUGGAUCCUCGUCUGUGUAAAAAGGCCAAAGCCCCUGAAGAUUGUGAAGAUGGAGAGCUUCCUUAUGGCUGGGAAAAAAUAGAAGACCCUCAGUAUGGAACAUACUAUGUUGAUCACAUCAACCAGAAAACUCAAUUUGAAAACCCAGUUUUGGAAGCCAAACGGAAAAAACAGCUAGGACAGACUGAUGGAGGCUUGUCAAAUCCAGAACAAGCAAAACCUUUCUUUACUCGAGAUCCAUCACAGUUGAUAGGGACACUAAUACGAACAUCACUGAAGAAAAGUACUAUGGGAUUUGGAUUCACAAUAAUUGGCGGAGACAGACCAGAUGAAUUUCUACAGGUGAAGAAUGUGUUAAAGGAUGGACCUGCUGCACAAGAUGGCAAAAUUUCAUCAGGUGAUGUCAUUGUAGAUAUAAAUGGUACAUGUGUCCUUGGCCAUACCCAUGCUGAUGUUGUCCAGAUGUUUCAAUUAGUUCCCGUCAAUCAGUAUGUGAAUAUGACGUUGUGUCGUGGAUAUCCUCUGCCUGAUGAAAGUGAAGAUCCUGUUGUAGAUAUUGUUACAGCCACUCCUGUCUUAAAUGGCCAGCCAGUUACAAAAGGAGAUACCUGUAUACUCAGUCAGGAUUUAAUCCCAGGAACAGUGGUUUUGGAUCACAAUAGUAAAACUGGACAUAUAUUAGUCAAUGGACGCCUGAACGGUCCUUCAGCAAUAGACUUUGGAGAAGAAAGGGCUACAGGGUCUUCUUCAGGAUGUUCUCAAACAGAAAUGGUCACAAUUCCUCUGAUCAAGGGACCUAAAGGUUUUGGAUUUGCAAUAGCUGAUAGCCCUGCAGGACAAAAGGUGAAGAUGAUUUUAGACAGCCAGUGGUGUCAUGGACUUCAGAAAGGGGAUGUAAUUAAAGAGAUUUAUCAUCAGAAUGUACAGAAUUUAACACACAUCCAGGUAGUAGAAGUUCUGAAGCAGUUCCCAGUUGGAGCAGAGGUGCCACUGCUUAUCCUAAGAGGAGGACCUCCCUCACCUACAAAAACUCCCAGUAUUGAUAAUAAAAUAAAUAAGCAGGAAAAUUCAGGAAGCUUAGAGGCCAUUGGUGAGCCUGUUCCACAUCCAAUGACUUUUCCAUCUACUUCUGUGAAGUCGUCUUCUCCAAAGCUUGACCCUUCUGAAGUUUAUCUGAAAUCUAAAAUAUUAUUUGAAGAUAAACCUCCAAACACAAAGGAUUUAGAUGUUUUCCUUCGAAAGCAAGAAUCUGGGUUUGGUUUCCGAGUUCUUGGAGGAGAUGGUCCAGAUCAGUCAAUCUAUAUUGGAGCAAUCAUCCCACUGGGAGCAGCAGAGAAAGAUGGUAGACUUCGUGCUGCUGAUGAGCUUGUAUGCAUUGAUGGAAUCCCAGUGAAAGGGAAAUCACAUAAGCAAGUUCUGGAUUUAAUGACAAGUGCUGCACGAAAUGGACAGGUGCUAUUGACUGUUCGCAGGAAAAUCUACUUUGGUGCUGAUAAACAACCAGAAGAAGAAAUAACAUCUGAAGUUCCUUUCAUCUCCCAGAGUGGUUCCCCUAGACUUAACCGACAAGAGAUAAUCAACAAACAGUUCCCAGAAGCUUAUGAUGUAGUACUGCAACGAAAGGAAAAUGAAGGAUUUGGUUUUGUGAUCCUUACCUCAAAGAAUAAACCACCACGUGGUGUAAUUCCUCAUAAGAUUGGACGUGUUAUAGAUGGGAGUCCAGCUGAUCAAUGUGGAAAACUGAAAGUAGGAGACAGAAUUUCUGCAGUGAAUGGACAAUCAAUUAUAGAUUUGUCACAUGAAAAUAUUGUGCAGCUGAUCAAAGAUGCAGGGAAUACUGUCACACUCACUGUUAUUGCUGAAGAAGAACACCGUGGUCCCCCAUCAGGAGCAAACUCCGCCAAACAGAGUCCAAUUGUACAGCAUCGAGUUCUUGGACCAGUUCCAGCUUCUUCUGUGUCUACUGACAGGGGUGCUAUAGAAGCUGAUGGCGGAAAAGAACAAUGCAACAGUUACAAACACUUCUCAUUAACUGAAGUUGUUGGGUCUCUCGGAGGGAGCACACUUUCUCAGAAUCCUGGUUGUUAUCCGGUAGAACUGGAGAGAGGUCCUCGUGGCUUUGGAUUUAGCCUUCGUGGUGGAAAAGAGUAUAAUAUGGGGCUAUUUAUUCUUCGACUAGCUGAGGAAGGACCUGCCAUUAAAGAUGGGAGAAUUCAUGUUGGUGACCAGAUUGUUGAAAUCAAUGGUGAACCGACACAAGGAAUCACCCAUACACGAGCCAUUGAAUUGAUUCAGUCUGGAGGAAACAAAGUUCUACUCCUUUUGCGACCAGGGACUGGAUUAAUACCAGACCAUGGUGGUCUGGAUAGUUUUAAUCCAGUAUCCUCAAGUGUAACCCAUGGUGAACAGACUUCACUUCCCUCAUCAUUACAUUCUGCUUACACAUCUGAAGCAUCUCAUUUGUCAGAAUCAGAAGCUCUAAUGAAAUUUCAGAUGUCUGAGAAACUAGAAAAACUGAAGAACACUGUGCCUGAAAAGAAAAGCACUUUAAUGGAAAACCAUUUGGAGAUAAAGAAAACAGUUUGUCCACAAAGGCAAGUGAACAACUGGGACCACACUUUCAUUCCAGAUAAUAAAGUGAUGCACAGUACUGCACAAUUAGCAUCGGGCAAUGCAGCCAGUAAAAGCCAAUCAGCUAGUCCCCAGAAGUUGAGCAAUAGUCCUUCCAGAGAUCAUAAUCAACUUCCAUUCGAUAAAUCUAAGAAAAGUGAAACUAAACAUCUAGAUGAGAAUUGCUUAGACCACUUAAAAAAACCAAAAAGAAAUGAAAGUGGUAAUCUGGGAAUCUUUGAGAAUGCUGAUAUAGAGAAAAUCCUGGCCAAGGGGAAAAGAGACCAGUCUGUCAGUCCCCAAAAAUAUCCAAAGAGAGAGAGAAGCAGAGAAAAACUGAACAUAGACUUUCAAAGCAAAACAGCUGCUAAUGAUACAAGUUCUAGUAGGCUGCUAAAAACUGAAAAGGUAAAAUUAGGAGUCACAAAGGAAAUAACAAAGCCAAAUUUAUCUACAAAUAACUCAAAAUAUCCUUCAGAGAUACAGUACACCAAGGUAGGAGAACAGUUUCUCUCACUUUCUAAGACUAAUCAGCCUGGAAAGAAAAUCUUGGAAGAUGAGAAUAUGAAAAGUUCUAAGCAAUUUCACAAGUCAGAUCUUCCUGAUGAUUCAUUCAUUUCUGUGGAUAAAAACUCUAGACUUGAAGCAGAUGAGCCUCUUUUCCUGAACAAACUUACAGAUAACUUGGAGCUAGCUGAUAAAACCAAAGACGAUGGAAUGUCCAAAUCCGAGAGCAGUUCUCCGGUAAAGAAAACAAUAGUUCCUGGACCUUGGAAAGUACCAAGUACAAGUCGUGUCACAAAAGCAAUGGGUCUGACUAACAAACGGGUUUGAUUGACCAACUUUUUUAAGAACACAUUUUAAUCAGGUUUUUAAAUGUAGUCAUUAAACUUUUUCCCAAAAAACUCAUAUUUUUUUUAGACACUGUGACAGAAUGGAAAGUACAUUUGAUUUGAUCUUUUAUUAGGCUGCAUGAAGGACCUUUUCAGAUUGCAUAUCAGAAACUCUUCAAAAGCUGUUGUCCUUUUGUCUCCUUUGAAGAUGGUGUCCUGCUGCUCCUAAUGUUGCACUGCUAAGAUUUUCUGAUAGUAUUGUAUGUUAAUGAACAUUAUUUAAUGCCUAUUAUUAGUGGAUCAUAAGUCACUACUUGUUCUUGUGCCAAGUUAUCUACUGUAGCCCAUUGAAUCUUUUCCUGCAUUUUCCACUGCCACAGAAAAGGAUUUUGUUUAAAAUGGGUGUUUACUCAGGCAUGCUGCAUGUUUACAUAGGGAAUACUUCUAAGUUCUCACAGCUAAAGUAAAGGCAGGGUGGGUGUGAUUUUCUUGACACUGAGGAGUCAGAAAGUUAACAUACACUGUUGCCUUUUUCACAGUUUUUUUCUUCCCUUCCCAAAUUUCUAAAUCUGCAAAAUAACUGUAAAAAAGACAGUAGGCCUUUAUCAAUAAAUAUAUGACACCUUGCUAUUUUAUUCUAUAUUGGUUUUAUUAUUUUAUCUGUGAUACAAAUCGAAUCUUAGAAUUGAGCAGUUUGGAAAUCACAUUUAAUGGGAUGAGAUUAGGAAAGCACAUGUGUCAAGCACAUAAUCAAAUUAUUUCCUGAUACUUAUUAUAAUACAUAUUAAAAUUAGAAAUUAAACAUGCAAUGGCUGCAUAUGCUGCUUAGCUUUCUGUCAUGCUAUUUGUCAGAAUUUCCAUCUGUUGUUGGUUGUUUUUUGGGUUAAUGCUGGCGAAAUACUUGAACAUUUGUUGCCUUGCUCGAACAUUUUAAAAUCUUAAAUCCCAGCAAGCAAAAUAAAUUAGAAUUUACCCACCAAAGUAAAAUUCUUAAGUAUUGUCCUUGUGCCUAUUAAAGAAGCCUGUUACACUGACUUCCAAGUCUGUACAUAAAAAGUACUUCCAAAUUUAAAAGAUCUCUCUGAAAUUUCUCACUGCUUGUGCAUGAUUAUCAUAAUGGGAGGAAUGUUAUGGGUAUAGCACAUUAAUUCUUCAGGCGUAUAGGUCGUUGGAGUGGCAACCUCUAGAACAAUGAACUCUUGUAAUUUUUAAAAAACCAUUCUGGCAAUGAAUGGUUUCCUUUGAAUGGAUUUGAAUGAAAGGCAGUGGUCAGUUAAGAAAAAUAAAAAUACAUUCUUACAGAUCUUAACAGUUGACAUGGAUAACUUAAAUAAUUUUUAUUUUGAGUGUGUGUGCACACAUGGGUAUGUAUUUAAGAUGUUUAAAGUCUUUAUUGAAUUGCUCUCUUCCAAGUUCCUCAUGCUUUUCGGAUGAGCCAUUUUGUAUUAAUUUUUCUUUUAUCAGUACAUAUUCAUUUUUCUACUGAAGGUAUUUUUUCUCCCCUUUUUGUCGUCCUCUAUCUUUAGUUUUGUAGUUAUCAUAAAAUGCUAGUUUUGUACCUGCUAUAGUCGAACAACUAUUUUCUGUGAUGUCUAUAAUUGUUUUAUAUUGGUUAGGCAAGUUUGCUUUUCUUCAUACUUUGGGGAAACCUAAACGAAAUAUCAGUACCAUAGUCCUCAAACUAGCAGCAGACAUGUAAUUGUGCACACCUGUUUGAUAUUGCUUCUAACUAUUCUGAUACUAAGAGUCUCCCCUUUAUAGUAGUGAAAUUGGUAUUCUUAUUUCCCUAUUUUAAACAGAAAAAGUGUAAGCCUCCUAUUCCAUACUAGCAAGCUUCUUCUCACCAGUAAAAUUACAAAUUCUGUCUAGGCAGAAUCUUCUUUUGUAUAUGCCUAGAUUUGCAAUUUAACAUAUUAUCUCACUUGCUAGCAGCCGAGGGCUUUAGAGAUGCUGUUUUCAGAAGAUUUUUUGUUUGUAUUCAGAUUUAGAUGGCUGACAUACAGUUCUCCUAGUCUCUGAUUUAUUUGCUUUGAAUGCUUUAGAAGUCAUAGAAAUAGAUGGGGGAGAGACUCUAGGUCUUUGGUAAUUUCGUAUAAUCUCAAAAAGGGACUGUUUUUUGAGAGAUUAAACUGCUGUGAAACUGCCCCCCCCUUCUACCCACCGCAUGAUUUGAAACUGUUUUCAAAGAGAAUAUAGCCUGCCACUUUGGAAGUGCUAGUGUUGCUUGCCGAUGGUCUUCCUCUUGUGCUGAUCCUAUUAGCCCAAUUUAUCAGAAGUAAUCAGACCAAUAACACAUGAUAUAUCAGCAUGCCAGUCAACUAUUAAAAAGCUAUGGACUUUCCAGAAAGAACUGUUAGUGACUAUGAGAUCGACUAAUGAAAAGGUUUAGCCCUAAAGCAAACACAGAUUCAAUAGGUUAAAGUCAUUGAAGCUCUUUGGACCCACAGAUAUAAAAAAUACAGAAAACAAAAGAGUUCAAAGGCUACUUAUUAUUCAUCAUCCUACAACCAGAUAUGACAUUCACAUAAACCAUGGAAGAAUGUGAGUUUACCAAUCUGCAAAAUCCAUAUGUAAUAGCUCUGAACAAAAGUUCUAAGACUCAUUUUACUUAGAUAUAUGAUAGAGCUUAAGACUUAUUCAAUAAUAUUCUCCCCAUUAGUUUAUUGAUUCCCGUUUCUUGAAAAUAGUUUGUACAAUAGCUCAAAUUAUAGUUCAGAUGCAGUUGAAUUAAAAACUCUAUUCCUUAGACAUCUGAGUAUUUCUAUUGGAAUGAAGUACUAAGACAAAUCAGUUGUAGAAGACAUCAACUUUUUUUAAAAAAAAUUGUCAUCUGAUACAGCUUUUAAUGUGUAUUAAUUGUGUGCUCUUAUCAUUUACAAACUCGAGUUACUGUAGGAAGUAUAUGCAAAUAUUGUAGAAUAUUACUGUGAAAAUAUUAAAUAUCUGAAUUAGACUAUGUAAAUUAAUUUGACAAAUAUCAUGAGGCAACCUUCAAAAGGUUCUAUAUAUUUUGUCACAAAAUAAUAUUGAAUGAAAACUGCAGAAAUAUCAAAAUAAUAAAACUGAAAUAACUUUAUUUUCCAACUAUCCAGAUAUUGUUUAUCCAUUUAAUGAUGUGACCUAUUUUGUUGUCUUCUGUUUGAUGUGAGCCCUUUUUUCCAGAAACUUUGUAUUUAACUUGAUGAUAAUGAUUUAGCAAUGUGGCCUUGGAAUGUUCAGAAAAUAUGGUUGUAUUGGAUGUAAAUGUUUUAUUUUGUACAGCACCUUUAUAUAUUCACUUCUCAGAUUCUGAUUAGAAAGAUCUGUAAAUCACUCAUUAUUUUUUAUAUAGAUACAUUAAAAAGAACAUCUGAUUUAAUAACUUUGA